AUGGAAUUAUAUUGUGAAAAUUCGAGAUUAAAAAAAUCCAGACCAGUUGAUUCCCCUUUUAAUGUAUUUAAUUAUAAUUCAGAUAAUCCAAUUUACAACAGAAAUGUUGGAAAAGUAUUCCACUGGGACCCUAUGAUUACAAAAGAAUGCAUUCGUCCACCUUCAUUUUUCGAUGUACCAAGAUUUAAAUUAAAUCAUGUUCAUAAAAAUGUUGACGUACCAGUUUUUCACAAAAUUCCUAAGAUUGUCGAAAUCCCGGAAGUCCGUGAAAUAACAAGAUUUGUUGAUUCUUUAAAAGUAGUGGAUAUUCCAGUAGAACAAGUUAGAAUAGUUCCCAAAUUAAAAAUAAGAGAAGUUGAAAAAAUUAGGCAUGUACCAGGUCCAAUAGAAUAUAUUGAUAUUGAACAGGAGCAUAUUGUCCAUAAAUCAUAUACAGAAAUAAUCGAAAAAAUUCACGAGGUACCUGAAAUUGAAGAUGUCGAAAUAGAGAUACCAAUUUAUGUGCCUACGCCUGUUGGACCCCCGAAGGAUAUCCAUGUGAAUAUACCUUUACCUUACGAUGUUCCACAAUUUUGUUUUAAACCUGAUAAAAAAAUAUCUUACGGAACUCAAUUUCCUAUGCUUCAGCAGGAAAAUAAAAUUCCUAGUCUCUAUAUUGAAGAACAGAUAUUUGAUAAUCGUUUACCAAACAUGAAUCAUUCUACAGAGAAUAAUCAGAAAAUACAUUUAUCUGCUCUAAAGGAACAUCAUAUCAAAGAUAGAGAUAUAAACACAAAUAAUGCAAGUUGUAAAAAGGAAUAUUAUAUGAAUAAUAACAAUGCUAAUAACAACAACAUAAAUAAAGAAUUUCAGGAUUAUUAUGAAUACCAAAAUAAUAAUUCUCCUAAAGAAGACGAAACUUAUAACAAAAUAUAUGGUAAUAAUUACGGAUACAACAGCAAAAAUGAAGAUGAUACAAAUAAUGAAAAUUACAAUAAUUCUUCUUACCCACUUGAAAAAUACUAUUAUUCGUAUUCAGCUUAUAAUGAUCAUAAAGGGAUAAAUAAUGAAAAUAGUUACUAUGAAGACAAUAAGAAUUAUAUAUAUGAUAACGAUUUUUCAGACGAUAAUUCACAUAACAGCAAUCGUGUGACAGAACUUAUAGUCAAACAAAGAAAAUAA